AUGAAAAUGUUCUGGAUUCUUUUGAUUCUAUUUUUAUCUGGAGCACUUGGUGCUCCAAUACAUAACUGCUCGAUGGCUGAUAACAUGAUAAGCACUCACCUGUUCGAGUUCUCCGAAGCCCUUCAAACAGUUCUGGACGAGAAAAAUUCUUUUGAAAUGCUUCGUGGAGAGGAUGAGGACAACUUCAUCUUUGUGCAAGGAUGUGAAACUAUCGAAAAGGAUUUGAGUGCUAUCAGUUGCAAAAAAUUGAGACUCAAAAACCUGAAAGUUGUCAGACAAUGCUACGACGUUGAAAUAACUGGGACACCGUUGUCUUAUUGUAUCAAAAGAAAAUUGGACGUAAAUAAAGUGACCAACCGAUGUGUGAAAACAUAUUUGGAGCCGAAGAACACCCAACAACUGAAACGUCUUUUCGACACCAAUAUGAAGUGUCUUGUGGAUGGAUUCAACCAGUUAUGUGGACCUGAAUCCGGAAAAAUUUUGGAAGAAAAUCUGAAGAAAAUCAAAUAUUUGAAAGGAAUAAAUGAGGUGUUUGAUGGAAAUCUUAUCGCUUUAUAA